AUAUUAAUUUGAUAUUUUAAAAUGUUGACUACCGAAACCUGUCGAAUAUGUUUGAAUAAAAACGUCCCUAUGUUUACACUUAAGAAUAAUUUAGAAAAAUUAUACGAAACACUAACAAAUAGAUAUAUUUAUUCUGUUGAUAAGCCGGUAUUAACUUGUUUCAUUUGUUACGCGAGGUUGAAAAGAUGUACAAAACUACAACAGCAAGCGAUUAAGUCUCAUGAAAUAUUAGAAAAGAUAAAUGAUGAAGGAAAUGAGUUUAUCCAGUUGAUUGAAACACAGAAAAAUCUAGAUGAAUUUCAAAUUACACCUAUUUAUCAUUUAGAUUUAGAACAGGUAAAUGAGGAGAUAGAUUCUAAAUCAAAUAUUAACUUAAUACCAAAUCUAGUUAAAAAUGAACCGGAAAAUGGAAUUGAAGAGGAUGCAAUGAAUAAUGAAGACUCUGCUAUCACUCCGGGACUGAAUUUUGAUACAUUCCAAGACAGAGUAACGGAUUCAGAAGAUGACUUACCUCUGAUAGCUAUAGGUUCAAAAAAGACGAAGAAUACAAAAACAAUUAAACGGAGAAAUAAAGAUGAUAAAGAUUACAAAGUGGAUGCAAAAGAAAUAGAAUUAACCGAAGAGGAACAAAGAAUGGAAUUAAAAGAGCGCUCUUGUUCAGAUAAUUAUAUAAAUUCUCCAUACAAAUGUGAGAAAUGUUACAAAGGUUUUGUUGAUCCGCACGCUUUUAGUAAUCAUAUGGGAAAACAUGAUAAAAGUAGCGGUCCAUAUGAAUGUACGAUAUGUCAACUUAGAUAUACAAGUACUAGACAAUUACGUGCCCAUGUGAUGUCAGCACAUGCCCGGAGAUAUUCCUGCACAAAAUGCCCUCAUCGGUCACAUACAAGACACCAAGCUAAGGAUCAUGAGAAAUGGCAUAAUGGAUAUACAUAUCCUUGUAGGAUAUGUGGACAGAAGUUUCAAAAACCGACAUCAUUUUUAACGCAUAUGCGUAAAAAACAUUCGGAGCAUGUCUGCGUGAAAUGCGGCGACAGUUUUGUUGGUAGACACGGACUGUUGAUGCAUAUCAGUAAAACACAUAGACGACAAGAGGAGAAAGAUAACACAGAAGAAGCUGCGUUGGACAGAUACUGUUCAGAUUGCAACAUACAAUUUUUGAAUGUGAAUGCAUGGAAGAAACAUGUCUUGACAUCAUACAAACAUAUGAGAAAUGAUAGCAGUUCUUGUGAUAUUUGCGGGGUAUUACUGACUUUGGAGAAUCGCGGGUUACAUAUGCGUAGUCACAUGAAGGAGCUUCGCCCCCAAGUUGCAGCUGAAGCACCCGCGACACCAGCACUCACAUGUACACAGUGUGAGAGUCAGUUCACAUCGCGUUCCCGACUACAAGCGCACGUGAGACGUGUCCAUCUCGGUCUCAAAUACGAUAAGAAUGUCGUCUGCGAGAUGUGCGGAAAGAAAUGUACCUCAGCAGCCGGCCUGCGUUACCAUCAGCGCGUGCACACAGGCGAGAGGCCGUACGCGUGCGCGCUGUGCCCUGCGCGCUUCGCACAUCGCGCUCGACUGCGUGUACACGCGCGUACGCACUCCGGCGACCGCCCAUACGCCUGCCACACGUGUGAUAAGCGCUUCACGCAGAAACCAGCGCUCAAUAGGCAUUACAGAGUCCAUUCAGGUGCGAGGCCGUAUGCGUGUACGCAGUGUACAAAAUGCUUUAGUCAAUCCAACUCGCUCAAGUUACAUGUACGAACUGUACACCUCAAGUUGCCUCACGUCAGGAAGAAAGAUAUCAGCCAGCAAUAAAUUAUAUAAGAAAUU